AUGUCGUUUAUUUUAAGAAGGAGGCCAUCUGGGAGACAGAUGAGGGCGUAUAAGACAAAGUGCAACGCAUUGAUGGCCGAUAUGGACCGGCUUCAGAGGCAAUAUCACGAUAGUGAGACGAAGGUCAACAUACUCGAUGCUUGGUAUGAGCAGAUAAUCAAUCAGUUAGACUUCGCUGCGGAGAAAUCUGAGGACUUAAACGAGACCUUACUCAUAAAAUCAACAAACCAAAAACCCGACUUACUCGACGGCGUAUUGGCGAAACGCAGAGAGCAUUUAUUACGAAUACUUGAACCAGCAUUAAAGAACACCGCAUCGCUGCCAGAUCAUCAGGACUUGGUAUCUAAACUAGAGCUGCUAAAUAAUGACUUGACUUCUGCCCGGGUGGAAAAUGAGACCUUGACAAAACUGAAGUUGGAGCUCUCGGCAAAAGUAGAUGAGCUUGAGCAGAGCCUUCUCUCGGUUCAUAAACAGAAAGAAAGAGAAGAUUCAAAGACCUUGAAUAGAGUCAAUGGUAUGGCCGUUGCCAAGAAAGAGAAGGAGGAAGAAGUACCUGAAACAACUUCAAAAACAGAGGAGGCUCAUAUAGAUUCCGAGGAGCUUGAGAGGUUGUCACUGGAGCUCCAACAAGUCACGAGCCAUAACAACUCAUUAGAAGAACAGUUGAAAGAUGUGUCCUCGAAGUAUGCUGCUUUGGUUCAAGAAAAUGCUCAAUUGCAAUUAAGACUCAAUAACUUGAGUGAUAGAGAUUUAGUCAAUUCGUCUCUGUUUCAAGAAUUGUCAUUGCAUAACAAGCAGCUUCAGGAAAAGAUAGCAGGAUUGCAAAAGGUGAAUGACAAAACAGUGGCACGACUUAACGAGCUUGAAGCCAUCCAUGAAGAUGCGAAGGCUUUCGCCAACAAGGAAUUAACAGAGGAAAACGAGGCUCUUAAACUGCAAUUAUCCAAGUGUGAAAAUGAUUUGGUGAGAAUAAGAACUACUCGAGACGAAUUGUUAUCCAAAAACAGCAUUCUCAAGUCUGAAGUCAACGACAAGGAUACAAAUGAAGCACUCAAGCAGAUGAAUUCAGUUCUUGAGCAGCGCGUGAAGAAGCUUGAGCUGGCUCAUGCUGAUGAUGCAGCUGAACUUUCUAACGCCGACAAAUUGGCUGAAUCUUCUAAAGACGAAUUGCUCAAAAGAAUAGCAGUACUUACUACCGAGUUGAAGGAGAUCGAGGUAGCAUUUCAGCAAACACGAGAAAUUUCCCUCAAAAAGUUGAACAGUGCUGUUGACCAAGAAGGCUUGUUACGGAAACUUAGCGUUGAAAAGACGAAAGCUGACCAGAAGUACUUUGCUUCGAUGCGCGUGAAUGAUUCGUUGACGGCCGAAAACAAGAUUUUGAAGGCACAGAUCUCCAAGUCACAAGAAGUCAUCAGCAAAUUUGGAGAAAUGGAACGGAGCUUUGCUAAUAAAUUUGAGAUUUUGAAGAAGGCGAAUGAUGAUUUCAAGGCCAUUAAAGAGACAUCUAUUCAAGAAACGAGUAAAUUACAAGACCUUGUCAAAGCCUUGAAUCAGAAAAAGUCAAUGGUUGAGAAGGAGAUUAAAAACUUGAAAGAUAUCAUUUCCAAACAGGCCAAGGACAAUGCGGAAUUGGUGCUGGAAUUACAGACAGCUAAAGACAACUCGGCCAAAAUGGAAAGUAAUUUAAAGACUACCGAGUCAUUACUACAAAAGUAUAAGACCAACAAUACUUCAUCCAUCCUUCAAGAAGACGAACGACAACUUGAGGCCUUGAGAUCCAUUGCCAAGUGCUCAUUGUGUUCCAAAAACUGGAAAGAUACCGCCAUUACCGUUUGCGGCCAUGUCUUUUGUCAUAGUUGCACUCAAGAACGUUUGGCAGCACGGCUUCGGAGGUGUCCUUCGUGUAAUAAGGGAUUCUCAGCCAACGACUUAUUGUCAGUGCACUUGUAA